AUGGAAAACUACGAAAGAGAGACUCUAAAGUUAACGGAUGAUAAUAAUUCCGCGGAAAACAAAAAUCCAAAUGCUAUUCCACCGAAUCUACAGACGUUUGCAAAUUCCUUAGCUGCUUUAGAUGAUGGUGUUAAUGAAUUUCGUAAACGUAUGAAUCAACUUUCAGUGACUAAACAAAACUUAGAUUCUUUUAAUGAAUCUUUUGCUUCUUUUUUAUAUGGCUUGCAAAUUAAUGCCUUUUGUGUGGAUUAUGAAAAUGCACCUCUAGCUGAAAGUGCUUCUCUGCAAAAAAUUAAAGAUCAGUUGAAAAUGGAAAUAACAUCGAGGCAACGUCAGCUUAGUGCCCCAUCAUCUGCCGGCAUUGGUAGCGGCUAUUCGCAUGAGUUCAACGCUUCGACGCUUGAUGAAACUUUUACUACAAAUGAUACAUCGUUUAUUGAACGCCCAGAAUCAUUCCCAGUACCUCGAUGA